GAGAUUUACUCCUCCAACAUGGAGGCUCUGGGGGGCUACCCUACGAAGUCGUCUAAAGUCAAAGUAAAUAGGUACACGGUCCUUUUAAGCAUGACAGUUGGCGUUGGCUGUUUAUUUCUUCUUCAGACCAAAUUGUUUACGCCGAGGAAACCAAAGGAUUUUUAUUCUUUCGAAGUCAAAGACGCAAAGGGGAGAACCGUUUCCUUGGAGAGGUACCGAGGAAAAGCGUCGUUGGUUGUCAACGUGGCGAGUCAGAGCGAGCAGACGGAGGAGAACUACCGUUCACUGCAAGAGCUCCACCGAGAGCUGGGCACGUCUCACUUUAACGUGCUGGCGUUUCCUUGUGGGCAGUUUGGCCUCACCGAGCCGUGGGGCACCCGGGAGAUCGAAGCAUUCGCCAAGUCCACCUAUGGCGUGACCUUCCCCUUCUUCAGCAAGAUCAAAAUAAUGGGCUCCGAGGCUGAUCCUGCUUUUAAAUUCCUCACAGAAUCUGCAAAGAAAAGCCCAAAGUGGAACUUCUGGAAGUAUCUGGUCAGUCCGGAGGGGAAAGUGGUUAGAUUCUGGCGAACGGAGGAGCCCAUGGAGAGCGUGCGUCAAGAUGCCGUGGCAUUGGUGCGCGACAUUAUUCUCAAGAAAAGAGUUGAACUGUGACACUUUUUUUGUACUCCUUUGAAUGACACCGGAGUGGAGUGGACAUAUUUGAAAGAGUGUAUUUCCAGACAAAGAAAUAGUCCUAGUGCUGAGGAACCUAGAAGUGUGCUAGACUCAAACCAGUAGCACGGAAAUGUGUCAAAGGGUUCUCAGCGGUCAUGUUGAAAGCAUCAACAAGAACAAUCUGGAUGUGCAUAUGUUUAUUGUGCUGAUUGCAACGGUAAAGAGGUGCUCAGACACAGGAAUCAGUUUCUUUUUGGUUUGUCAGUGUUCACCUAACCAUGUGCUCAUCCCCAUCUCCUAUAACCACUUUGUACACACAGUAGGCCUACAGCUGACUACAUUUGGACCGGGAGAACCUUUGAAGAUGUCCACCAUGCCGAGUGGCGCUUAUUCGAAUUAAUAAAACACAUUUCUGUUAGUCUCUUA